AUGCUCGCCCGCACAGCGUUCCGCGCCACCGCCGCUCCUUCUCUCGUCGCCCGCCGUGGCUUCCAGUCCACCCGAGCCCAGCUCUCCAGCCCAUACCACUACCCGGAGGGCCCUCGCAGCAACUUGCCUUUUGACCCUUUGAAGAGGGGCUUUGCCAUCAAGUUCUGGGCAUACGCCAUCACUGGCUUCGGUCUCCCUUUCGGUCUUGCUGUCUGGCAGACCAAGAAGAACCAGGGUUAA